UCAAUUCUGGAUGAGGACAAGACCCCUUUGCUUCUUGAGAUCUUUUUUUUUUUUUCAAUAUUUCUUGUUUAGAAGAUAGUUUGAAAGUGUCUUACUUCUUAGUAGUUUUCAUAAUGGAAAGUGACUCAAAAUGAAGACGUCUCUGUUCAAACCCUCUUUUUUUUUUUAAGUCUUACCCAAAAGGAAGUGAGUAUGAAGUAAAUUGCAUAAACUUAAAGUACUGCAGAGAUGAAACUCAAAGCAGGAAGAGACAUGCCACCCAUGUCCUGGACAGGAACACACCGUGUCAUGUGAAGAGACAUGACAAAAACAGCCCUCUUUAAAUUACUUUUGGCAAUAGUGAUCGCGUUCAUUUUACUUUUGCCCGAAUAUUUUAAGACACCGAAAGGAAAUGUAUUGGAGCUCUCAUGUCUGGAAGUAUGCUUACAACCUAGUUUCAACUAUUCACUCCGCUCUUUGAAUUUUUCUUUUGUGACUUUUCUGAAACCAGUAAGAGAAACUCAGACUAUUAUGGGACUCUUUAUAAAUCAUUCCAGCUUUCAAAACUUCACCAGGAUUUGCCAAGGCUUCACAAGUGAAUUUAAAAUGUGCUCAUGUUUGGCUUGUGAGUCCAAAAAAAGCAUGGGUUUUAUUUUUCAGGAGCAAACAUCAAAAGUUCUUAUCAUGAAAGGAUCAACGGAAGUGAAGGCAAAUGAUGUUCGUUCACCUUGUCGACAUUUUAACUUCUCUGUAGCUCCUACAGUUGAUCCCUUGGAUGAGUAUAACAUGACUUGUAAUCUAAAGACCCGCACGAGAAGGCCAGCAAUCAUUGAGGAAGAUCCACUCAGGGAAAAGUCUAUGAACCAUACUUGUAGGACUAUGGAAUUCCUGAAUAAUUGUACUCACAUUUCUCUGCACCUAGAAAUGGAUGUCAAAAAUUUCACUUGUUCCAUGAAGAUCACUUGGUAUGUUUUAGUUCUAGUUGUUUUCAUAUUUUUUCUCAUCCUCACCCUCCACAAAAUACUUGAAAGCCACAGAAGAAUGUGGAAAUGGCAGAGUCAUAAAUACAAACCUACUUCUGCUCUCCUAAGAGGACAGGAUUCCGAGAAACUGCGGACCUUGAACCUGCGGGUUAUUUCCGAGACCAAGCAGAGGCUGCCCUUGACUCAGGUCAAGAAAGGGCUUCCUCCAAUACCGGAACUGGAAGUUUCUUCCACGGUGCAGCUGCAAGAUCGGUAUACACGGUGAAUAUCCUUCUGAAUUCCUCUGGACCACUUGGACUGAACCCUUUUGAAGAAUACUCAUAAUUUCAUUUUGGGAAUGAGUAAACUAGUAAAUAUAUGGGUCCCACUGAGGAUUCACAGUAGGAAACAGUAACAAUGCUGACUGGUUGAUGGAAACUGGCUUGAAAGCAGUCAUUUGACCCAAGAGAUCAAAGAAACAAGAAUUUUUCCAGGAAGCCAUCAUGAGUCAUGGAAAACAAGCUGAUAAAACCCGUGGAAACAACACGGGCAUGCUCACUGUCCUUGCUUAUCUGUUAAUUAUACAGCUGACAGUGACCCCAAGAUUUUGAUUUUGAAAGGAACCAAACCCAGGAUCAAGGAUGAACAUCUUUUCUCUCAUUUGCCCACAUUGCACGUUCUGCCUUGAUGGGUUUUCUUAUACAGAUGGAUUGUUUCUUUUUGGCAAAUUACUUAAGAGGGCCUGGGUUGUUCAUUGAUACAUUUGUUCGGAUUUAUAAAUUCUGCUUCCUUUUGGCACUGAGGAUGUUUUAAAAAACUUCAAAGAUACCAAAAUAAAAUGAAUUUAAAUGAAAUACUAAGUGAAGCUUGGAUAUUUAAAUCUAAUAGAAAAAUGUUUCUUCUGAUUCUUCUUGGUGUUCAUAUUUUCCAUAGCUAUCACUGAUGUCAAGAAAAAUUAUAUCUAUUAAUUACAAUAAAACACAUAUAGACAAGAGGGCAUCUCUUAACAUUGAAAAACAAAAAUAUCUUUCCAAAGUAUCGGUGGAAUUUAAUCUCCUGGCAUCAUUAUAUGAUCACAGUUGCAUGUCUGAACAGAUUCUACGGUUUACUGCAGGGUCAGAUUUAAUAUUAAGCAGCCUAACAGGAAUGAAUGAUUGA